CUGGUCUGUCAGUACGUAAAUAAAUUAAACAUUUUUCCUUGACUCAGUGCAUGUAAGUUCACCUCGUUGGAAUUUUCACUUUGCCAAAAUUUAUUGCAAACUUUUGCAACUAAGUCGUAUUUCAUUGCCCAGUGAUUACUAAGAUUCGUUGCAGCAAUCUUUUCCGUUGUGGGCUGACGAGAAGAAAAAGAAACCGAGCCGUCUCUUGCAGUGAGCACAACACCGGCGCGAUAAGGUAGUGGUGAGCGCUAGCCGGCUGCAACGAUAUAGUGAAUACCAGUAACGAAAAGGUAGUCAUCAUUUCGUCCUCAAACAGAAAACUGUCAGAUCUGGUGAUGGCAAAGCGGGCCGCUGGAUUUCUCAUAUUUCGGCGGGCCUGCGAGAGGAUUGAAUACUUAAUGCUUCAGGCUUCGUACGGGCAGCAUCAUUGGUCACCUCCGAAGGGACACGUCGAUCCGGGCGAGGAUGAUUUCAAAACCGCUGUUCGGGAGACAACCGAAGAAUCGGGUUAUUUGGAUACCGACUUGCGGAUUUUCAAAAAUCAAACUCGAACACUCGAGUAUAAGGUCAAAGGGCACGACAAGGCUGUCGUCUAUUGGCUAGCUGAAUUGAUCAACCCGUCCAAGGAGGUAAAACUGUCGGACGAACAUCAGGAUCUCAAAUGGCUCGAGCGAGACGAUGCGAUACAGAUUGCCGGAUACGAAGAUUUUGCCGCCAUGGUCCGGCAUUUUGAUGAAAAAAUCAAACAGGGAUAUGACCAGCUGUGAACGAAAUUUGCCCGCGGCAGAGAAACAUUCGAAAUACCUAACUAUAUAUAAAUAACGAGUUUUCCUUUUUCCUAUUACAAGCAUAUAUAAUUAUAUUUAAACAAAGAAAUGGCAACCGUCGAGAUGUAAGGUAAUAUCGAUUUACAAUUUAUAUCCAAUUAGCUUUUGAAUCGCCCGCGCCUCGUUUGGAUCCGUUUGGUGGGGGUACACAAACAUCAACUCAAAGCGAUUUGUUCGUGGUUUCAAAAACCACACCAGAAAAUCUAUCAACCAUAGCAUUUUAAUCGUUUAUGGAGGAAUAUGUAUAGCUUGCAAAGUACUAAUAAAACAAAAAUGACAAAAAUUAAGGCUCAGUGAAAAAUCAACGCAACUAUCGCAAAA